UCUAUAUAACACACACACACACACUUACUUAUUACUUUCACUUGAUUGAUAAUUGAUUUCUAACAGAACCAACAUCUAUAUAUCUCAUCCCACAUGCUACAUUAUUGGUACUACUGAUUUGGUUGGAGAUGAUGAUUGACAUGAUGAUAAUGUUGUUGUGUGUUAGAGUUUCACUUUUGAUGACAACUAAUGCUGAUUUUCUCUUUAGCCAUCAGAUACAAGAUUUCCAUGAGUUAGGUUAUGACCAAAAGGUUAUUUCUUCUGGGCUUUCAAGAAAGUUGAUGCUAAACAAGAUGGGUGAAGGGUAUAGAGAUCAAGAUUUGGUGCUCUACAAUGACCAAAAGAAAGCUCUAUUAGCAGGUGAAACAGAGAAGAGAGGGGUGGUGAAUGGAGCACAAGGAUCCGACCCGACCCAAUUCACUACGAUGGAUUAUUCACACGUGAGAAGAAGACGCCCUAUCCAUAACAGCUCUUCUCCCAAAUCCGCCAAUUCUCCAUAACUCUUGCUUUCUCUCUUUGUACAAACUUAAAACUGUUUUUAUGUUUAAUAUUUUAUUAUAUUUUUCCUUUUUUUUACCUAA